AUGUCCAAGAUCUACACUUCCAAGUCCCUCGACCAUAUCGGGUCCUACUCCGUGGUGCAGGCCACGUUGUCUUACGUCUUAUCGUUCAGACUUGCUAAAGUGCUCACCACCUACUUUUUGGCGAUCACCAACUACUCGCUUGCCGUUGUGCUCGGCAACUUCCCUGCGUUGAGGGACUAUUUGGAGUUCUUCGACGCCAAGUUCGAUGCCAACAUCUUGAAGGUGGUGGACUUGAUUGCAGGCUAUCUUGAAACAUACUAUGUGGGCGCUGUGGACUACGCUUCUUCCUCCUUGAGAAAAUUCGAUGACGCUGUCGCCGAGAACAAGAAGCACAGCCAGGAGGCGUUGACCUCUAUGAAGAAGAACGCUGAGGAUGUUGUGUCGGGCUACUUGAAGCCAGUCAACGAGUAUGCCUCCUCGUCUGUCGACAAGGUUUUGCCCAAGAGCAAGAAGAAGGCCGCCGAGGCCAAGGCCGCCGCUGAGAACGAGAUUUCCAAGUCCAUUGAGAUUGUCAGCGACACUUUCGAGAGAUCGAAGGACUUGAUCCAAUCCAAGUCCUCGGAAAUCUCGAACGCCGUGUACUCUACCUACAACAAGGAGUUCGAGGCUGCGCCAGAGAAAAACUACUACGUGAAGGUUGCAUCUGCCUCUGUCCACACCGGAGUGACCUUGUUGAAGAACGUCAACCACGACAUCAUCCAACCCUUGAAGUCGUCCGCUCAGACCCAGGCUGCCCAAACUGUGGCUGAGGUCGAGAAGAAAGCUGAAGAGGUUGCCACCCAAGCUAAGGACUUUGUUGCAUCCAACGGAAGCGCUCCUGUUGUCAGUGCACUGGCCUAA